GGACUGUGUCUGGAGGAGCUGCAAACCUCUGAGACGGGCAGACAAGCGUUUCAUAAUAUCUGGAGUGAGAUUUGGAUUCCAGAUUUGUGAGGAUUUGAAGACAGGAUGUACGGGCUGCUGUGUGAAAGUCUUCAUGACUUCAUUAAGGAGUCGUACGGUGAUGAUGUGUGGAAACUGGUCAGAGAGAGGGCCGACGUCAGACUGCACUCCUUCGUCACUCAUCAGGUCUACAGUGAAAGUGUGAUUCCUCGUAUCGCGAAAGCAGCGAGUGGCGUCACAGGAACCCCCUAUAAUGAGCUCAUGAACUCAUGGGGGGUUUAUUUCCUGGGAUUCGUGGGGAAAUACGGGUAUGACAGAAUCCUCAAGGUGUUAGGCCGCCAUGUGCGUGACUUUGUGAAUGGUCUGGAUAACCUGCAUGAGUACCUGCGCUUCAGUUACCCAAAAGUCCAGCCACCGACCUUCUUCUGCCAGGAGGAAUCGGCGACAGGAGUCACACUGCAUUACAGGAGCAAACGUAAAGGUUACCUGCACUACGCCAUGGGUCAGCUGAGACAGAUGGGAAAGCAGUUCUACGACACUGACAUCCACGUUGAGGUUUUGUCCGAGCAGCUAGUGGGAGAUUAUUCACACGUCACCAUGAGAUUAAACUUUGAUAACUCUGCAUAUCGAUAUAUCCAGAAAGAGGAUGAAGAAGAACAAGAGAUCCUUCCCAUCACUAGUGACUUUUUCUUUGAAGUUUUUCCCUUCAACAUUGUGUUCAGACAGGACAUGGUUGUGCAUAAUGUAGGCUCUGGAUUGGCAACCGUCUUUCCUGAUCUGGAUGGAAAGAAGAUCAAUGAUGCUUUUCUGCUUGCUCGUCCUCUUGUGGAGUUCACAUGGAACAUGAUCAUCUCCCAUCCCAACAACCUGUUUGAGAUCAUGUCUAAGGAGCCGGUGAAGCGAGAGAGGAACCUUCAUAACAGAGUGCAGAACUCGGAUUAUGAGAACGCCAAUCGCUCGGCGGAUGUGGACGUGGAGCUGAUGGCCUUUCAGUCAAUUAUAGGGGAUGAUUAUAAAGAUGGAAACAGCGCUAAUGCAAUGGAGAGCUGGGGUGAUGGUAGCCGCUGCCUCAAACUGAAGGGUCAGAUGAGAUACAUGCCAGAGUGGGAGUCCAUUAUCUUCCUGGGUACUCCAGUCAUGGAGAGUUUAAGUGCCAUGUUUAAGACAGGUCUGUACAUCAAUGACCUGAGCAUGCAUGACUCGAGCAGAGAUCUGGUGCUGGCAGGAACUCAGCAGUCUGAAGAGCUCAAGAGAGCCCUCAUACAGGAGCAAAAGAAAUCCAGUAAAUUAGAGGAAAGCAUGAAAAUGUUGGACUACGAGAUGAAGAAGACAGAUGAUCUUCUGUACAGAAUGAUUCCCAAACCUGUUGCUAAGCGACUGCGAAAGGGAGAACCAGCUGUGAACACCUGUGAGGUGUUUCCUGAUGUGACCAUCCUGUUCAGCGAUGUGGUGGGCUUCACUCGUAUCUGCAGUCAUAUCACCCCCAUGCAGGUGGUCUCCAUGCUCAACACCAUGUACACGCUCUUUGACACGCUCAGUGAGAAACACAGAGUGUUUAAGGUCGAAACUAUAGGUGAUGCCUACAUGGUGGUGGCAGGCGCUCCAGAAAAGACGAAGUAUCACGCUCACAAUAUUUGCGACAUGGCUCUAGAUAUGGUUCGCUCUAUUGAUCAUCUCAAAGACCCGUCCAAUGGCAACAACAUCCAGAUUCGCGUGGGAAUUCACUCUGGUAUGGUGGUCGCUGGGGUCGUAGGUCACAAGAUGCCUCGCUACGGUCUUCAUGGUGAUACAGUCCACACGGCUUCUGCCAUGGAGAGCAAUGGGAAGGAAAUGCACAUACAGCUGAGCAGCGCUACUUAUGAGCACCUGAAAGGAAGUCACUUUAUCUUCGAGAGACGCGGUACCAUCACCAUCAAGGGCAAUGUGGAGAUUGAGACAUACUGGCUGAAAGGAAAGCGAGAUAAAGAUGGAAAUGCUCAGGCCGCCUGCCCACAAUUUGAAGCCCAGACUAUCAGUAAAGCAGCCAUCUCUGCCCCCGAACCACCCAUCGAUGAGGAAGUGCUGGUGUUCCCCUCAGUGGCAGGUGAGGAUGAGGACGACGUGAAAUCUAUCCGCUCUCACCGCAUGAAGAUGGAAACCUCUGGAAACUCUCUGGAGGAGUCCAUGGAGGAGUGUCGGGUUGAAGAAACGUCCGUCAGUAAGUCUCAUUAUAAGGAUGCUCUUCAGGACAGCAGCCUUCAGGACCCGCACAUUGAACUCGACUCGGCCGAGUUUGACGGUCGAGAUUCAAUAAUGGAGUCUCCCGCUGGCUCCUGUGAUUCCCCCGGCUCUGAGAAAAGCACCAUGUGCUCUGUGUGCUAAUCACAGUGAUCAUGACACGGCUUCGAAAUUGAUUUCUCAGAGUCUUUUUAAAGCAUUCGACUGUUUCAGCCUUUUGGUUUUCAUAGUUCAUUCUCAGAAUCAUAUGGAUAUUGAUCUGAAUAUGUAUCCCAAAGAAAUUCUGUACAUUGGAUUCACUGGAUUGUCUUGUACAUAGAUUAGAUGUAUUAUUGAACUGAAAAGUGCUUAUUGUGUUGGCUUCUCAUCUCUAUUCUCAUUCAUGUUAAAGCUUUAGAAAUCUUUAUUUCCUUUUGCUGGUUUUUGCUUUAUAUUGACAGAAAUGACAGGGUCAUAUUUCACCCCAUUUUACAUCAAUCAAAAAGAAAAAGAAAAUAAUGUUUUACAUGGAAAAAAUGAAUCCUUAGGUUAUUUUAUUCUGUUUAAUAAUAAUAUUUUAAUAGUAAAUACAGAGUUCGUACAAGGUGCUUAAAGUACUUAAAGUACUUGUACUUGUUGUGUGAACAUGGCUGAAGACGCAAAAAGAGUAACAGAUGAACCAAACCAAACCACUGCGUCGCAAAAUGAUUCACUGAUUCGAAGCGCUCCAAUUGGAUCACAUAUUGUGAAUCAUUUGUUUCAGAUUGGGAGUUCAAAUUGUAUUCUUAGUAUUUUUAUUUAUCGAUUUCUCUGUUUUUAGAAUUUGAAAUGAAAGACAUUGUUCGAUCAGAGAGAUCUCUGAUUUAAGUCCUUAAAAAUAAAAAAAGUAGUGCUUGAAAAGUCCUUGAAAGUUUUGGAAUUUAAUUUUACAGUGUCUGUACGAAUAUUUUAUAAUUUAUUUCUUUUUGACAUUAUUUACAUUUGACAUUAUUACAUGUCAGAUUCUCUUUUAAUAAUUAAAAUAAUUCUGCCCAGAAAAAAAUAAUUAAAAUUAAAAUUAAAAUUAAAUUAAAUUAAAUUAAAUUAAAUGCGCAUCAAUUAAGCAGUGCAACAAAUAAAAUCAUGAUGUGUAAAUAUUUUGCCAUUAAAAUAAUAUAUACUUUUCUUUCAGAAUGUUAAUUGAGGAAACUCUUACUUAAAAUGUUUACUAUGUUUAAAUGUUUAAAUUGUUUUCUAUUUAAAUGUUUAAAAUUUAACAUAUUAAAAUAAUGGUAGAAUUUUAUAUAUAAGAUUAUUUAAUGUUUUUGAAAGAGGUAUCCUCUGCUUACCAAAGCUGCAUUUAUUUAUCCAAAAUACAUCAGUAAUAUUAAAUACGUGUUUUUAAUUUUAGAAAAUAUUUUGUUUUGUGCUGAAACAGUAAUGCAUUUUUUUUUUCAGGAUUCUUUGAUGAAUAGAAAGUAAAAAAAAAACAGAUUUAUGUCAGAGCCAAUGGCCUCGUGGUUAGCGCGCCAACAUAUCCCAUAGUCCCGAGUUCGAAUCCUGGCUCGUGGACCUUUCCCGAUCCCUCCCACUUUGUUUCCUGUCUUACCUACACUGUCUAAAUAAAGGCAUAAACAUGCCAAAAAUAAAUCUUUAAAAAAAAAAAUACGGGAUUUAUUGGACAUUUGGAAUGUAUUUAUUUAUUUUGGCAUGUAAUUUUAUUAAAUUAAAUAUGUUCCUUCUGAAUAAAAGUAUUAAUUUCUUAAUAAUUAAUUUUAAUUUUAAUUUAAUUUUUGCUUUUUAUUGUGGUAAAAUAUGACCUAAACAGUUUUCGUCCAUGAUUCGUCCAGUAUUUAGUUUGUGCUCCUGAAGGCUCAUUUGCUGUUGAAAUGAAAUGUUCUGGUUUUUGUACUUUGUCUGUCAACAUUGUGCAUGACGUGGUCCAUUACCACAGGAAAUAAUUUGAACUUUCCUCUCAGCUUCAAAAAAACAAACAAAAGUCAUGAUUAGAGUAUAAUGCACUUAUAAUGCUCUUGUUAAAGCACUUACAGUAAUUCUUCUGUACAGAAAUUUGAGCUGUAAAAUCGUUCCUUUAAACAAUGGGGCUCUACAGCUGCAUCAUGUAAUUCCUGUAAAUGGAGUUUCAUCUAUGUAUAGCACGUUGUAGAUAGUGGUGCUACACAUCACUGACUGCUGUCAUGUUUAGUGUGAGAGUUACUGUGUUUAUCAACUUUAAAUGGUCACGGAUAGAGUAGAAAAUAGGAUAUAUUUUUGCACAACAGUUAGUGGUGCCACUGUCCUGUUAACACAUUUAUGUCUUGAUUCUAGAAUAUUUUAGAAAGAUUUAUCCCAGUGCAAUGCCCCACUGACUUCCAUUGUAAGUGUUUUACUGUAAUCACUUAUUUUUGUUUGUCUUUAUAAAAUGAGAGAUGGGUCACAAUUAUUUCAAGUGGUAAUUUACCAUCACAGACAACACUUUGCAGCUUUUCUCAAACUUGAAAUUACAUUCACCAGCACUGAGAUCUUACUGUAUUACAUCGUUCAGAAACAAGAAUCUUCUGAUCUUUUUCUCUCUCUGUUUUGCCUGUCUGAAAUUUUUGACUUUUCUCUGUGCCUGUGUGUUUUUUGCUUUCUGUACUGCCUAUUUGUUUCCUCAAGGUGAUGUGACAAUAAAGCAGAAGUGUCAGUGUGACUUAUUUAA